AUGAAUACUCAAGAUCAAUCAUCAAUGCCCAACGGCAAACAACAGCAUGAAGUGGCAGAAUUGUCAUCUCCACCGGAAAUACCUCAUAUCACUGCCAAUAUGAUUCCAUUAUCAAAUAUAAUCAAAUAUUAUACCCAAGAGGCAUACAAACAAUUAACUACUGCCAUUGAGAAUUUAUCAAUGAAUGUAAAUGAAGAAUCAGAUAUCAAACGUAAAAAAUAUUUCUUGAAUGUUAUUAUUAAUUUACGACAAGAUUUCAUCAAAGUUUAUACAUUGAUUAAAUGGGCAAGUAUAUCUAAAGAUGUUUCCAAAUUUAUUGAUUUGUUGAAUUGGUUCAGAAUGCAAGAAUUUCAUUUUGAAAAUUUGUUGUUUCAAUUAAAUGCAUUAACUGGGUAUAAUGCAGCAAAAUUACCUAAUAGUGAUAUUGUAACGGCAUUAGAGGUUCUAUAUCAUGGAAGACCAAAAUUACCUUCUUAUAAUUAUAUUAAAUCUGAUAAUUUGAGCCCUCAAAAAAUAUUAGAGACUUUAAAUGAUUUGAAUUUGGUAUUAAUGACAAGAUUCGCACUUAUGGAUAAUAUACCUAAACGAUUUGAUUAUGAAAUUAAGGAUGGACGAGCCUAUAUUAGAGUUAGCAAUGAAUUCGAAGUAAGCAUUACUGUAGGUAAUGAUUUGAUUGUUGAAAACCCUGAAGAGUAUUAUAAAUCGCCGUUUUAUUUUAUUGAUUUCAAGUUUUUGUUUGGGGCCAAUCCAGAAUCUGGGUUGAUUACUUUUAAUGAUGAUAAAAUUUCAACUAAAUUACCAACAAGCCUGCAUAAAAAAUUGGAGAAAAUAGUGAAUCAAACAUUAUUGACCCGAGGAUUGCAAGGAUUAUAUGAAUUAUUACAUAAAUAUUCCAACUCAUUUAAAAUCUAUCUCCUUGCGAAACAAUUUCAAACUUUAUUAAUUAAUUCUCGAUGGAGAGGUAAUUUCCAAAUUAAUUAUCAAACUAAUAAAUCUUUAAUUGUUAUAAACUAUUGGUCACAACAUUAUUUAUCGAGAAACUGGAAAUCAUUUAUUGAACUAGGUAUAGAUUCUAAUUCUAAUUUAAACUAUCGUUGGUUUAAGAAUGGUGAAUAUUGUUUUGGUGAUCAAGGAAAUAAUGAAUUAGAUAAAAUUUUCCAUCUUCAAAGAAGAAAUAGCAACAAUGGUUUGACGGGAUCUGCCAGUAUCAAUAUAAAUGGCUCCAUGAUUGCCACCAUGGGGAGAUCAGCAGAAUUGUCAAAUGAAAUAGCUACAGUGGAUGAUAAUGGUAAUGACAAUGACGAUACUACUACUAAUAAUGGUGACACUGAAAAUGAAGAUUUAAAUGUUGAUUUAAUUUUAAAUGUUGUAGUUAAUCAACAUGCCAAAUCCAUAAUGUCAGCGAUUUAUUCACAAUUGUUGACUCGAUUUUCUGAAACCGAUGUCUCAAUGGUUAGUCCGCAUCAAUUAUUAUUGCAAAUAUCUCCCAAGAAAUCCACAGUUUUCGCAAUAAAUCCUUUAACGGGAUUUUUCUAUUUUAUUGACCCAACUCCAAUUCAAACCUAUAUCACCAAAAAAGUUAAUUUGCCUCCACCAUCACAGGUCAGCAAUAAACAAUUAUUCAUACCAGAAAGUAAUAUGGUCAGCUACGUAAUUGAUCAAAUCAUUCAAUUGAGAUUAGAGGUUUUCAAUAAGGAGGUCAAUACUAAAUUGGCCACAACAGCGUGGAUCAACAAUGGAAUCAUAAAAUUAAAUGACCAUGAAUUGAGUAAAUUAACUCAAUUUUUAAUCCAAAAUGAUGAAUCUAACAAUGAUGAAGACGAUAUAAGUGGCACAAGACUUGACUCAGUACUUCAAAGUUUUAAGCUUCAAUUUUAUCGUCGUAAGAAUUGGCCAAGCUCGUGGUUUUUGAUUAAUAUGAUUAGUGGUGUUACCACUAAAAGUUUUUGGUGGGUAGCAAGAAUUAAAUCAAUCAAUGGAGAUUGGAAGAUCCAAUGGGCACAAAUUAUUAAAUUUCAUGGUGAAAAUAAUGCUAAGCAAGAAUUGCCACCAAAUGAAGGCAAAAUAUUCGUCAAACCAAGAAGAACUGUUGAUUGCAGUAUUGAUUCUGAACAAUUGAACUAUGAAUUUUUCAAAACAUUAUCUACAUUGUCGUCCAAUUUGAUUCUUGACCAUAUGAUAUUAGAAGAAUUGCAAGUAAGAAAUAUCAGAUUUAUCAAACUUGAUUGGGAAACUAUUGAUGAUAACAAGAUUUUCCUGAGGUUCAAGCAAAACCAUGAUAUAUCGUUGAAAAGGAAAAGUUCCAGCAAUAUUAAUAUUGAUGUUAAUGUUGAUAUUGCUGAUAGUAGUAAUAGCACUACCAAUGGCAAACAUAUUCGUGGACCUAAAUUAAAGUAUGAAUCAAUGUUUUUGAUUUACAAUGAUAAAUUAUUACCAAUUUACAAUUCAGCAACAAUUUUAUUCUUAAAAAUUGAACUUGUUGAAUCAAAUAAAAUGUAUUUAAAAUUAUUUGGUAAUUUACGAAAUUUACAGAUCAAAAACUCAUCGGAAGAUAUACAUAAAUUACAUUUAAACAUUGAUGAAGCCAAUCAAUACUUUGAGAUUGAUAAUACUGUUGAUUUAUCAACUGUUAUUAAUGAACCAAAAACAUUAUUGUUGAACUUAAUUUUCAAUACAUUGAAUAAAUUGAAUUCAUUAAUCAAAAUAUUGGAUCAAUUGAACAAGAGCAAUGUUGAGGUAUUGGAUAAUUCUAUGGAUAAUAUUACUAUCAAAAUCAAGGACAGCUAUAAUGAUAAUAAUGAUAAAUUGAUUGUUAUAAAAUUACCAGAGCAAGCUACUGAUCCAAUUCAACUAUUGAUGAAAAACACCACUACCGAUAAAAUCGAUUUGAAGAAAAAUAAUAUUUUAGAAUUUGAAUCGAUAUUGAAAUUUUUGAAUGAAUAUUUACAGGAAAGUAAACUGAAAAAUAACAGUCAUCACCAAAUUAGUAUAAUAAAAAUAAUUCAGUACUUGACAGAGAUUAAUCCAAUUUUACAAUCAACAAAACUAAUUAAUGAACAAUUAGCAGAACUUAAACGGAAAAACAACAACAACAACAACAAUGACAAUGACAAAAGCAAUAAGAGUAAUAUUGGUAAAUUGUCCAACGGGUUAUAUAAAUUAUAUUUCAAUUUAAACAUUAUUAGUUUGACUCAUUUACAAUUGAUAUUUUUUAUGAAUUCAAAUAUUGUUUCAAAUCUGAAAAAGAUUCAAAAGGAUAAAAUUUUGAUUAAUUUGAAUUUAAUUAAAUUUAAUAGAUUUUCUCAACCAAAUGGUAAUUUGAAUGAUGAUAAUAAUACUAAUAGUAAUUGUCAUUUAAUUAGAAUUUCAUUUAAAAAUAGUUUGAUAAAGGAAAAUUUGAAAUUUAAAAAAUUAUUUGAAAUUAUUUUCAAAAAUAUUAAUGAAUUAUUAAUCACCAAGUCCAAACAAAUAAAAUCAUUACAUCAAACUAACAACAAACAACAGUCACAACAAUCACAGCAACAGGGGAAUAAUGAAAAUACAAUAGUUAAAAAAGAAUCACAAUCAAUUGAAGAUGAUUUACUUGAUUUUGGAGAAUAUGAUAAUGAUAACAAGUCUCAACAACAACAACAACAACAAAAUGAAAAAGAUCAAUUAUCUAAUAAUGAAAAAGAAAAUACAAAAGAGAAUAAAACUGUUAGACCCGAUGAUGUAUUGAUUAAAUUGAAUUAUGAUUAUUUAUUAUCAAUGAAUAAUUUACCAUUAUUGAUAAAUCAAAUCACUAAAAGUUUUAUACAAUAUUUACAACAACAACAACAAGAGUAA